UUGUUUUUCAUCGGAAAGUGACAUCUUUGAGUAGAGUAGGCUUAUCCUCGGCAGUAGCUCCGUAUUUCCCUUCUCACCUUUGAGAACCCAAAUUAAUAGUUGAUAGUUCACACAGCAAACUGAAAAAAAUGCUUCUCCAAACCACCAUUUCUUCAUCUCCGCCUCUUCAAAUGCAUGGCCAAGUCUAUCUCUCGCAUUCUCACUCUCUUCUUCCAUUUGGGUCUCUCAAACUCAAGCCCCACAAGCUCUCUCUUCAGGAUAUUUUUCAGCGCUAUGGUGCACCAGUUUUGAUAACCUCUAAAACGGGCUAUGGACCGAACCUUACUAGAUUUCCCAAAUUUCAGAUAUUUCAAAGGGAAUUGGCAACGGAAUUCCUGACCUCAAAAAAUUUUGAGAAAUGUAUAAGGAACUGUUUCAUAACUGAAGAUAUUGAAGAUGGGAAAAGGCCAUUAAUUUGGGUAUCUUUGUUGUUUGCACAAACCUUUUGGUUGAUUAAUGCUCAAGUGGCACAUGCAAGUGAAAAUACCAACACAAAUGUGGUUUAUGAGAUUGGGGAGUUUUUUGAAUUGGGAAUCCAGCUAUCAUAUUUGCUGAUAUUAUUGGGUUUCCUUGGGAUUGGAACCUUCUUUGUGAUUCGUCAGGUCCUUGUACGCAGAGAACUUGAUCUUUCGGCUAAAGAAUUGCAGGAGCAGGUAAGAAGUGGUGAUGCCAGUGCAACCGAGUAUUUUGAACUUGGUGCGGUGAUGCUGAGGAGGAAAUUUUAUCCAGCUGCUACUAAGUAUAUGCUUCAGGCAAUUGAGAAAUGGGACGGAGAUGAUCAAGAUCUUGCUCAGGUUUACAAUGCGCUUGGCGUCAGUUACGUCCGUGAUGGGAAACUUGACAAGGGAAUCACUCAAUUCGAAACAGCUGUGAGGGUUCAGCCAGGGUAUGUCAUAGCUUGGAAUAACCUGGGUGAUGCCUAUGAGAAGAAGAAAGACUACAAGUCUGCUCUCAAGGCAUUUGAAGAAGUGCUUCUUUUUGACCCUAACAAUAAGGUGGCCCGGCCCCGGCGAGAUGCGCUGAAGGAUCGUGAAAAAAUGUACAAAGGAGUAACUACUGUGAAAUCAGAGAACAGAUGAUACUAUGCAGCUUGUAUUGAUUUCUUACUAUGGUCUAUGGCUAACGACGAUGCAGGUUUGUCAAUGAAACUCAUUUGGGUUGGCUUGGCAAAGAGCCUUUGGAUAGACAGUGAGCAGACGUUCCAUGGCUUGCUGUGGAUUUUACUUAUUAGGGACCUCUGCAUGAAAUCAUCCCAAUUUAUUUUUCAUAAACCCUAGGAAGAGUAUUUGUUUUUUUGUUGCACUUGAAUUAAGUUUUGUAUUUUUUUUUUUUAAUUUUUAAUGAUUUGUAUGACAUCACGGCAUUUUAUUUUAAAUUUUUGUUUAAUUUUUGUA